AGAAAAGAGGUAGUGAGCUGGUGUUUCAGGAUGUGAAGGCCCACAGGAGCGGAGCUGGGCUCUCUCUGUUGCCUGCCUGCCACCGUGCAAGCUUUGGCCGGGGCUGCCCACAGUCCCCAUGGUGGGCACUCCUCACGGCAGGGACUCGUGAACAGCAACGGCAUGCCGGGGAAGCCCAAGCACCUGGGCGUCCCCAACGGGCGCAUGGUUCUGGCUGUCUCAGAUGGAGAGCUGAGCAGCACAGCAGGGCCCCAGGGCCAGGGUGACGGCCGAGGAAGCUCUCUCAGUAUCCACAGCCUCCCCAGUGGCCCCAGCAGCCCCUUCUCCACUGAGGAGCAGCCUGUGGCCAGCUGGGGCCUAUCCUUUGAGCGGCUGCUGCAGGACCCGCUGGGGCUGGCAUAUUUCACUGAGUUCCUGAAGAAGGAGUUCAGUGCUGAGAAUGUAACUUUCUGGAAGGCCUGUGAGCGCUUCCAGCAGAUCCCUGCCAGCGACACCCAGCAGCUUGCUCAGGAGGCCCGCCACAUCUACCGGGAGUUCCUGUCCAGCCAGGCACUGAGCCCAGUGAACAUAGACCGGCAGGCUUGGCUAGGCGAGGAGGUGCUGGCAGAGCCUCGACCGGACAUGUUCCGGGAACAGCAGCUCCAGAUCUUCAACUUGAUGAAGUUCGACAGCUAUGCACGCUUCGUCAAGUCCCCGCUGUACCGAGAAUGUCUCCUGGCGGAGGCCGAGGGACGCCCCCUGCGGGAACCUGGCUCCUCCAGCCCCGGCAGCCCCGACUCCACCAGGAAGAAACCGAAGCUGAAGUCCGGGAAGUCGCUGCCGCUGGGCGUGGAGGAGUUGGGGCACCAGCCUUCUGCUGAGGGCUCUGGCGGCCGCCCGCUCCGCAAGUCUUUCCGCAAGGAACUGGCAGGCGGGGCCCCAAACUCAGCCUUGCGCAGAGAGUCCCAGGGCUCCCUCAACUCGUCUGCCAGUCUGGACCUCGGCUUCCUUGCCUUUGUAAGCAGCAAAUCUGAGAGCCACAGGAAAAGCCUUGGGAGCACAGAAGGUGAGAGCGAAAGCAGGCCAGGGAAGUACUGCUGCGUGUACCUGCCCGAUGGCACAGCCUCCUUGGCCCUGGCCCGACCUGGCCUCACCAUCCGUGACAUGCUGGCAGGCAUCUGUGAGAAACGAGGUCUCUCUCUACCUGACAUCAAAGUCUACCUGGUGGGCAAUGAGCAGAAGGCUCUGGUCCUGGAUCAGGACUGCACCGUGUUGGCGGACCAGGAAGUGCGGCUGGAGAACAGGAUCACCUUCGAGCUCGAGUUGGCGGCGCUGGAUCGCGUAGUGCGAAUCUCCGCCAAGCCCACCAAGCGACUGCAGGAGGCGCUGCAGCCCAUUCUGAUGAAGCACGGCCUGAGCCCGCAGCAGGUGGCACUGUGCCUGCCAGGCGAGAAGCAGCCGCUGGAUCUGGGGAAGCUAGUGAGCUCGGUGGCGGCCCAGAGACUGGUUUUGGACACACUCCCAGGGGUGAAGACUCCCGAAGCUGGAGACACAGCCCCGUGCCGCAGCCAGGGCGGCCAGCCUAGAACUCAGAACAAGGCCACCCAUCCCUCUUCACUGUCCCUCAACUCGAUGGCCCAGGCAACCACUGGGAAGCGGCAGACCUGUGACAUUGAAGGCCUAGUGGAGCUGCUAAAUCGGGUGCAGAGCAGCGGGGCCCAUGACCAGAGGGGCCUUCUGCGCAAAGAGGACCUGGUGCUUCCAGAAUUUCUGCAGCUGCCUGUCCAAGGGUCCAACUCCCAGGAGGCCCCACCACAGACUGAAUCAGAGGUCCAACCCAAGGGGGACCCCUUGGACUCCACUGCCCACUCAGCCCUCUGACAGCUGCCCAACAGUCCAGGCCGGCUGCAUGGCACCUGGCGGGCCAAGCAUGCCAUGGGCCCGCUCUGCAUGCCCUGUCUGUGCCAUGAGUGUUCCUGGCCACUUCCUGUCACGGGCAGGCCCGCAGGAAGAGCCAGAAGAGGGCGGAGAGUGGGCUCAGAGGAGCCGCACCCCACAGCUGCCACCACUUGGUCCCUUAUAGGUUCACUCAUCCAUCCCUUGCUGCCAGGCCACUGAGGGGAGGUGGGCCUAACCUCUCUGGCGCAGGCAUGUCCAGCACAGAAGGAUGGCAUUGGCAGUGCCAGCCUCCUCACCCUGUGCUAAGCCUCAGCAAGGAGCAGGAGGAGGGGCUGGCCCCUCCUCAGGGAGCUGGUAUGAGUAAGGCCUGGGGGUGCAGGCGGGAAGCCCCUCCCACUACUCACAUAGGCUCUGCUGGACAUAUGGAUUUUGCAGUUGGCUUGGGGCAGCUGGGUUUGUCCUGGAUGUAUGAUAUUGUUAUUAUAAUAGUAAUUAUUAUUCUCCCAUGAGGUGUGUUCCUUGGAUACCAGUCUACCCUGUGUGCCCCCCCCCCCAAGCCAUACUGCCUCUGUCACCAGGGUCAGUGCCAGGAAGCCCUUGGGGACCUCAAGACGUGCCCCCUGACUUCCUGUUGUCAGACUGUCUCUUCCUGACUGCACAGAGUAUUGGGGUGUGAAUAUGAGAGACAGGGACAGGGAGGAAAGGAGGAAGGGCGGGGGGGGGGGCAAAGGGAGGGAGGGGAAGGCACUUCUGGGGAGCCAUGCCUCUGCCACCUGUCAUCGCACUGUUCCUCAGUCUCUGGAUCUGAAUAGAGUACAGCAUCUGGCUAUUGUCCUCUGCUUCUACUGGGACUGAGUGUGUCUCUGCAGACAUGGCUGUGGGCUUCUUUAGAUGCGUUAGAGCCUUGUAGAGGAUACUGGGUGCUGUGGUGGGAGCAGGUUCUGUCCCUUGUCUGCUUUGGCUGGGUGCCCAUCCCUGUCCCUAGGUAGCCCACAUAGGGAGAGAGAGUGGGGAGGACCUCCCAGAAGGAGGGCCCAGCUUGUGGGCAGAGAAGCCAGACUCAAUCCCAGUGCUGCUGAGACAAACAAGGGGACGUGGGAACCUUGAGGGGACACCUCCUGACCACCUCAGACAGGUAAAACUCUCUUCCCCACUCCAGUUCUUUGUGCUUGCUGUCCCGUUUGUCAGGAACUACCCCCCACCCCCACACCCCCUAACAUGGCACCUCAUCCUUGAAAUUCCUGAGAGAAAUCAGUGGGGUUUGCUGACCCAAUGUGCCUUUCUUCAGAAGUCUAACCCAAGCCUUUCUUGGGGGACUUCAGCCCUCUACCCCCACUGCCCAUUUUCUUUGUCUGGGCUGGCCAGACCCUCUAGCUGCUGGGGUGGGCUCAUGACCCAGGCCUGGUCAAUCAGAGUUUGGUGCAGGGAUGAUCUUCUGACCCCAGUGAAAAUGACAGUCCUUGUCCUUUACCCUUUCCUAGGGAUUUGAACAGAGGAUACACAGGGAGAGAACCUGCAUGUGAAUCAAACCAAUGCAGGAGAGCAGGACUGAGAGAUAGAGGGAGAUUCCAAAAUUUCCCUGAACAUCUAAAGUCAACCACCCCUAGACAUUCUCAUUUAGGCAAGCCAACACAUUCUUUCCAUGUGUAUGUGCUUGUGACUCUGAGUGGGUUUUCUGAGACCUGCAACCACAAAAGUCUUGCUUCAUUGAAGAUCUCAGCUUGAACACCUCAGCGGAGUCUUCCCUGGUCACUUGAAGCUGUGGUCUAAAUGUUUGUGUUCCCCUCCCCCCAAGUUCAUAUGUUGAAAUCCCAGCCCCAAGGUGAUGGUAUUAGGAGGUGGAGCAUUUGGGAUGUGCUUGGUCAAGAAGGUGGAGCCCUUGUAAGUGGGUUUAGUGUGCUUAUAAAAGAGACCCCAGAGAGCUCCCCCACCCCUUCCACCCUGUGAGGACACAGCAAGAAGUUGGCUGUCUACAACCUGCAAGAGGGCUCUCACAGACACCGAAUAUGCUGACCCCCUGAUCUUGGACUUCCAGCCUCUAGAACUGUGAGAAAUAAAUUUUUGGAUAAGCCA